CAGUUUUGUACAUGGUUUGAUCAGACUUCUUGGAGCAAAUGCACAAUGUCAGUAUAUGCGGCUGAAAUUGUAGUUAACUUUAUCUUUAGUUCAAGGGAUCUCAUUGUUUUCCAUUAUAACUUGUUGAGAUGUAUUGUUGUUCAUCAUCAUCAUUACCCCAGUGCCACAAAGGAGGUCAAGCUUAGGCAGUCCCGCCUUCAAAAUCAUUUUGAACACAUGCGAUUUCCAGGUGUGGGAAGAGUCACUCUUCUUUGCUAUGGUAAGCGUGCUCCUAGGAGCCUUUACUUUAAGUCAGAAAGAAAAGAGAAAAAAAAAAGGAUGACACCCCAUCCCGGCCCCCAAACACUGACCGGACGACACGAUGGGAGGAUGUAAAUUGGACUAUAAUCACAAUCUGACAGAUAGAGAGUGAGGCUCUGUCCCCGAUACUUGCAGAGGCCCUAUGCAUUUUUCAGCACAGUAACCCCUCAUCGCAGUUGCCGGGAUUCAAACCCGAGACCUAACCCUUGUGGCACUCCCUUGCUACCAGUUGGGCUACGCCCACCGGUAAUGCAUCGACAAGGAGGAGGAGGAAGCCCAAUAGGUCCGACAAGAAAGUGAAGAAAUCUGAUUUUAUACAUUCUUUUUUAGGUAGAUUCUAUGGUACCCUUAAGGUAUCAUACCUUUGUCCACAUUGACCAAUAGGAAUGAUGCAGUUGAAUUAAUUAAAUCUAAAUUAAAAGGAAUAGAAUGAUUUGGACCAAUCAAAUGCAUGAUAAGUACGGUACCCCCAAUUUUUAAAAGGGUACAAGAGUUGUUUUGAUGCUUUUUAAUGAAAUGUUGGCCUCACUAUACGUAGUACAUUUUGUAUGAGCAAAAAAAGCUGGUUUAGAUACUUGCAAACAUGACUUUUUAAUUGUGAUGUACAUAGUCUAUCUCAGAUUUAAAAAAAAAGAUCACCAUUCACCUAAGCAUUUUGUCAAACAUUAGGGGGAUAAAAAAAACUACAGAAACAUAGAUUUAUAAAUAAGCAUAGCAAGUUAUUAUUAUACGGAGUUUGUGACCCCUGAGAUUUAUAAUAAGCAUAGCAAGUUAUGAAAAAAUAACAUAGAUUUACUAAUGGAGAAGCUGAUUCAGAGAUGGAAACGGAGCUUGAAGUAACAGAUUGAGAGAUGGUGAUGAAGCUUGAUACGAAGCAUUAAUCGGAUGGAGAAACUGAUUGAGAGAUUGUAAUGGAGCUUAAUAGGAAGCUUGAAUCGGGAGGAAGGGUUUAGGAUUAUGAGAGAAACAGUAUGGUUCGAGAAAGAGGUAAGGAGGGUAGGCCUGUCAAUGGGUCGGGUCUAGACCCGGACCCGACCCGAACCCGGUUAUUUUUAAUGGGUAUGGGUCUAUGUUUUAUUCCGUUUACCCGGACCCGAACCCGGACCCGUUAAUAUUUUAAUAAAUGGGCCAGGUAUGGUACAUAUGAUUCCGACCCAUUAAGGACCCGGACCCGUUUAUAAUUUUUUUAUUAAUAUAUAUUUCAUAUACUAAUAUAGUAAUACAUACCUAAAACUAGUAUCCCAUUAAUACAUAUUAAAACAAAAUGGGAUAUUCUAUUUUAGUUUUGUUUAUUUCACUAUCAAAGACAUUCAAUACGUUUGGAUGAAAGUACUGGUUUGUUACGUGAACAUCAAUUUUUUUUAAAAAGACGUGUUUUACUUAUUACUCCGUAUUAAGGAUGAUUGAGAUCUAGAUGUAGCUAGUUUGUGGAAUUGCAUUACAUUCAUGAUUCAUAUACACGUUUUGUUUUAUAUUUGGUGGGUCUAAUCUUCCAAAAAAAUGACGGGUCUACCCGAUCCAGACCCGAGACCCGUUGGGUCCGGGUCCGGAUCCAAAAUUGCAGACCCGACGGGUAAACGGGUCCGGGUCCCUUAUUUACUUAGCGGGUCCGGGUCUGGAACACUACAUUCCGGCCUGGACCCGACCCAUUGACAGGCCUAAAGGAGGGAACGAUUUUAUUUCAGAGAGAAACGGUGGACCAGGUAGUAGUGAUUUAAGUGAGCGAAUGGUUUUAUGGGUCCUGCUUGGGGUACCCCAAUUUGUACCACAAUCUGUACACCGUCUGUGUAUACAGACAUUUGGACUGAAAGUCUUGCCCUCUUUCAAACGAAUUGCCUGUGUACACAGACAAUUCAGGGGGGUGGGUAUAAAAUGAGGUACAUUUUGGGGUACCUAUAGAAUUUUUGUGGUUUUAUUGCUUCAGGUGAGCAAUCGUCCAAAGAAACGGAAUGUUUAAAAGGAAAGAAUAAUAAAGGUCGUGAAUGGGGUAGGAGAGAAGCAAGAAAGUCUUAUGGAGAGAGAUUCUCCCUUUAAGUAUACAACAUGUACCCACUCUUAUACCCACCUUAUACCCAGCAUGUUUGUGAAGUGUUUUUUUUUGUCUGUGAACCCGAUUCACAGACAAAAAUAAAACACUUCACAAACAUAGGUGGGUACAAAAGUGGGUAUAAGAGUGAGUACAAACAUCAUUUUUGUUAGGUAUAUAUAGGAAUAUAGGAAUAUGAAUAUAGGAUAGGAUAGGAUUCAAGGACUUAAUAACCUCUCUGCUAGAGUUAAAAUUCAAAACACAGUGGUAACCAAACGACAUCGUUUGGCUAAUGAAUUAAUAAAAAAACGGGAAAACUGUCAAAUAGGUCCUCGAACUUUCGUAAAAAGGUCAAUUAAGUCCUUCUAUAGGAGGUUCUGUCCGGCCGUCGUGAUUUGGGACAGUUACCGGUGGAAUUUUUUGAUGAAAUUUUUUGAACAUCUUAUUCACCAAGUCUAGUUUACUCAUACCAAAUUUCAGCUAAAAAUUCAAUCGGGAACACAUUCAAAUUAAUUCUUGAAGAUAACUGCGCAUUUUUGCGUUCUCGAAUUAAUUUGAAUGCGCUCCCGAUUAAAUUUUUAGCUGAAAUUCGGUAUGAAUAAACUAGACUUGAUGAAUAAGAUGCUAAAAAAAUUUCAUAAAAAAAUUCCACCAGGAACCGCCCCAAAUCGCGACGACCGGACAGAGUCUCCGAUAGAACGACUUAAUUGACUUUUUUAUGAAAGUUCGAGGACCUAUUUGACAGUUUUCCCUAAAAAAACUGCUACAGCUAAUGUCGUUCUCCGCUCUGCAUCUCGCACCGCCGCAGGUCCGCAAGUCCCAAGAAGAAGAUGAAGAUACAGGGGCGGGAAACUACAUACCUAAUACUACUAUUAAAAAACUCCGGUGAAGGGGUGGAGCCGGCACCGGCUCGCCCCUGGAUCCGCCCCUGCGAACCAUAGUUAUUUGGUUUCGAUUUUGGUUUUCACAUCUCAAAACCGAACCGAACCGAAUAAACCGAACUUUUUAAAACUUGUUAUUUUAUUUAUUAAUCAUUAAGUAUAAUAUUUUAUUUAGUUCUUAAUUCUUAAUUCUAUAAAAUUAAUGUUUGAUAGUAGAUUUAUUAAGAUUUGCAAGUUAUUGACAUUUAACAUUUAUGGUUUAAUUAAGUGAAAUAUUUCUACGUACAAUUAAGUCUAUUGCUUUAUUUUUAUUAUGUUGAUAUUUUAAAUCAUACGAGUAAUUUACAUUUCGCUUGUUGUUGCAUGACAAUGAUAUUUGUUGAUAUAUUAUAUGUUAUAUGUAUGUUUGUUAUCACAUAAUUUUUUCAUUGAACAAAUAUGUAUUAAUAUAAAGUAUUUUUUAAACGACAUAGCAGAAAACAUGAAACUUUAAAGCAUAAAUAUAUUUAUCUAAAAAGAAAGUAAAUUAAGUUAUUUACUAAUAAAAUUUUAACUUGUGAAUACACCGUAUAUAAUUCACAAAUAAACUCACAUGUUUAAUUAAUUUAAGAAAUGUUUAAGUUGGUAUACACGUACUCUCCAAUUCAUUGCUUAGAAGUGCAUUUGUUUCUUUUCUCUUUUUUUUUUUAAUUAUGUAUGUUUUUGUAUUGUAUUACUAUUAAUAAAAGUUUGAUGUAGUUUAUUUUUUUAUUUUUGUUUUCCAUUUACGGUUUUUCUAAUCAACAAAAAUAUUUUGGUAAAAACAGAAAAAGCCGAAACCGAACCGAAAUAAACCGAACCGAACAAACCGUGGUUCCAAAUUUUUGAACAUAAAACCGAACCGAACUUUUUACUUUGAUUCGGCAUUUGGUUUUAGGUGAAAACCGAACCGUUUGAACCGAACCCACCCCUAGACGAAAUCAAAUAAAGGUUAUAUUUAAAAUAUACUCUGUAUUAUUAUUAGCUUCUUUUAUCCCAAAUAUUAUCAAAUUUACAAAUUUAUCUUAUUCUUUCACUUUUAUAAAAAAAGACUCAACUUCAUCUUUUUCAACAAUAAUGCUUUCCUUUUUUGUUUUUUUUUCAAAAUUACACAUUUUUAUCAAUAUAGAAAUGUUUGUAAACUUAAAACUACAAAAAAGUGAAAAAUAUGAAAUAUAAAUAUGACUUUCUUCUUAAGUCUUACUAAUUCAUCCAUUGAAAGUGUAAUUGUGAGAAAAGUUAAAGUUUGAGUCCUUUUUUUAUAAAAGUGAAAGUAUGUGAUAGAUUUAUGAAUUUGAUGAUAGUUGGAGUAGAUAUAUUUAGCUAAUAAUCCUAAAAUAUAUUUUGUUAAUAAAGAAAGAAAAAAUUAUAUAAAAACUAGCUAUAAUUGUCCCCUACAGUAACUCCAACCAGUUCAAUUAGAAAAAUAUUUCUAACUUUAUUUAUUUUGAUUAUUAUACAAUUUAAUGCACGAAACUACAAAUUAUGUGUACGCACUAAAGUUACUGAUAAGGCUGAUGUAAGCCGAAAAUUGUCAUCAUUAAAUGGGCGGGCUCAUAGUCUUCCAUGACCCUCUCUUUUUACCCCACUUGAUCAUAAUGGCAAGUGGUUUAUUCCACUGGCUUAAAGUGUUUCAUGAAUACUAUAGCUUGAUAUUGUCGGUGAUGAUGACUUAUAGCAACUCAGCCAUUUGGAUUAUCUUGCUAAAGAUUGUAGCAAGUGGUGGAGCUUUUGUGGCUAUUGAACGCAACCCUUGUGCUAAUGCCAUUGUGGAGAAGUAAUAUAUAAUGUGGUUGUACUUUAUAAACAUAAAGUCAUAAACUGUAAUAUUGUAUUGUAUGGUGAUUAUUCCAUGUUAGUAGUUAAUGUGCUUGAUGACUCAAUGUUUAAUGUUUUAUUAUUAGAGUUUAAGGUGGACUCUUCUGUAUAUACGUAGUAUUAGAUAUAGAGGGUGUUUGGAUCUGAUUCUUAAAACUGCUUCUGCUCCUUUAGAGAGAAGAAACAGAAGUUGGAGUGUUUGGGUAAAAGUGCUAAAGUGAUUCUGAUGCUCUAAUUUACUCCUAGAAUCAGUUUUUUAAAAAGCUGGAGGAGAUCAACUUGUGAAAACUGAUUAUAAUUCUGCUUCUGCUUUAAAAAAAGCAGAAAUAGAAUUAGUUCCAAACACCCCAUAUACUCCGUAUAGAACAA